UUCGUCCGUGCGCUCAUCCUACUCUUGAUUCCUUCCGUCUCACCACACGUGGCAGGCGAUGAUUUCCAUACACUGGCCUGCCGGCCCCGGAUUGUCUUGGGAAAUCUCAUCCAUCAAGCGAUAAGCAACUUUUUUGCCUCCCAAGACGACUAUCUAGCAUUCCAGAAAGUCAUGGAGAAGGUUCUAGACCUCCUUUCUCGACUUGUUGAGGAUGAAACUGUCCGCAUAUCUAGGGCUGAGAAGGAUCACGCCAAAAUGUACCAGAAAUUGGAGAAGUUCCGGAAGGAUCGCCUUGCGGGAAGCACAACAAGUAGCUUCUUGGAACGGUUCAAGUUCAGGAGGAAAGAGAAAGAUCGCAGCACAUGUCUCACGAACCUCAGGACGUGGAACAAGCGGGUCAAGAUCGCGGCAUGGAAGUGGCGUGAAGGCACCGUCAUAAUCAGGGCUCAGGAUGCUACUAGUUGUAUGGACUCGCAGGAUCGUGCUGAGCUGGAAAGAAUUUGCGAUGCCGCCGCUAAGGGAAUAUGCGAGUGGCUGCUUCGGCAUGAAACGUAUAUGAGAUGGGCCUCUCAUGAUCGAGGUCUGCUCUGGAUCAAAGGGAAGCCCGGCUCUGGGAAAUCGAUGUUGCUGCGAUAUGUUCUGAAUAACGUCACACUAAUACCGAAUACCGGAGAGAGAGGCUUGAUCCUCUUAUUCCUCUUCCACGGUCGCGGCUCUGAACUCCAAAAGACGCCGUUGGGACUCUUUCGGUUGCUCCUUUACUAUCUACUGUUCUAG